GGAGAGAGAGACCUGUCAGUGUCACCCGGCCUCCCUGGUCUUUCUUGUUCAGGGUAUCUGUCACUGGAAUGCUGCCUUACCUCUAUCUGGGAUGGCUGAGGAGGAGUGACUAACAACCUUUGCAGACAGAGCACAGCCUCAUACUGAGUCAAGGAGUUGUAGUUGUCUGUUCCUUCUGUCUGGAUGGUUUCAGAGUUUCACUAUGACUUCACAGUUAGAGUGAGUGUGUUUGAGAGAGAGAGAGAGUAAAUUAAUAACCUGACUGGCCCUUAUUGGACCUUAUUGUGGAUGCACUUUGGAGUUUUCUUUUGGUUCUAAAGAGUUCUCCUCUCAGGCACACUAGGCCUGUUGUAGAGCCAGUGCCUGGAUGUCUGGUGCCUCCAGCGGAGACAGGCAGGCCCUGCUUCAGGCCAUGCUGCAGAGGCUGAAGCUCCAGGCUGACCUCCAGGGAGGGUCUCUCCCAGCGAGUCCAGCCGCCCCCCACCAACAGACUCCUGGUCCCUACAGCAGAACAGCUCACAAUGGGUCGGGGAUCGCCCUGGUGGGCUCUCCUGGGAUGGGGCGAGGUGGGAGGAGCUGGGACUCAAGGGAGGAGUUUAGGAAUCCAGUGCUGGACAGCAAUCUGGAUACCUCUGGGACCGGUGCAAAGGUCAACGGAGAACGAGGUCUGGUUCAUGGACCUCUAUCGGAUAACAGACAGGAAACAACUAUCCUCAAUUUGGCUACGGCAUUUUCCUCCACUUCCUGUAAGGACAACACUGCUGAUAGUUGGGUUGAAGGUCGUGGCUCGAGACCAACGGUCUCCUCUUCUGCGGUGAGUGGCGGUCUGUUUCCUGUCCACACCCAGAAGGAGGCUGAAGGCACUUCCUCUGCAAGAACAAAUGGAGGGAAGGAAGGAAAUGACAUUUCUGCAAUUGAAGAAAGUGUUAUUGAUGAUGCUAUGAGUGGUGCAGUAGGAGAUGACGGUUCUCUCGCGGGGAAUCCCACUUCUGCCUCUCAGUACCACAGGAGCAGCCACAGCAGUGACCCAGGGGGGUUAGCUGGGUCUGGAGCCCUACUGUCACCCAUAGGGAGCCUGACCCGGGACACUUCUCCCUCCACACACCAGGGCUCCUCGCCUUGGCUCUCUGCACGGCCCUUAAAAGGUCAGAGCCCAGGAAGGGGAGAACCCCCCGCGGCACAUAAAGGGAAACCAGGGCCCCUGGCACUGAGCCACACCGGGGGGACUGGCCCCAACACGGCCGGCAGCCCUGUGGCACCACUGCAGAGGGACAGAGCAUCUGGGAGUAGAACUAAAAGAUGGACACAGAAGAUCAAGGAGAAGUUUAGGGAGAGGGGUGGGAGUCUGAAGAAAAGAAAAAAAGAAGAAGGCAAAGAAGAAGUAAAGGUGGAGGAAGAGGGCAAAAUUUCGACUCAUAAUGAGUAUCACAACACAAACGUCAUCAGCAGUGCGCCAAGCAGCACUGUGGAACCAACGAGCCAACCCACUGACCCAGUCUCUACAGACGUAGAGGACAGCACUGUGGACAUGAGAUCGAAUGACUUUAACAUCGGGCUGGGUUCCUUCAGCCUCCUGGAGGAGAUUAAAACCGGUCAAUACUGGGCCACCUUCCUGAGCCCCGCCCUGUCAGAGGGCUCCACCUAUCAGAGACCAGCACAACAGCACGCUGGCCAAUCACAAAAUGCUGCCGUGACCGGACUCCAAGAAAACAACCAAUCAUCCGGAGGCGUCGACCUACUAGGGAACCCAGUUGUAGCUGUCAUGGCAACGUCUCCUGCGUACCUUCCGGUGCCCGUCACCAUGGACACCUCGGAACCGGACGGAUCUGGAGUGGUGAUGGAGCACGAGGCCAGAGCAGAACCAAUGGAACAACACGGUCAAUCAGAGCCCUCUGAAGAGCCCGGACCCACGCCAGGAGGCGGACCUCAGGUUCACUCACACUUUAUCAACAACGCAGGACUUGUGAACAACACGAUCCUGUUGAGCCAGAUCCGGAGCAGGAAGCGGGUCCACCGGCGGUCCCUGGAGCGAACAGGAAGCGGAGGGACAGCGGGAGGAGGGGGAGAGGGGAGAAGGGCCUCAGGGGGGAGAGGGGCCUCUGGAGAUGAAGCCCCAUCAUCGUCGGCCUCGGCCAGCGGCCCGGUUGCCGUGACGACAGAGGAGGGCACCAGCCUGCUCUACUUAUACCCAUUCAAGGCCCGUCAAACCCCGUCCCUCCCGGCUCCCCGGGAGUUUGUCCCGAAGGGCGUCCUGAAGCAUACCCAGUGUAAGGGGACAGAGAGCACCGUAUCCAUGGAGACAGCAGCCAAAAAGCGGCGGAUGGAGGUGGGGCGCCGGGUGCGGUUCUCUGAAGAGGUGGUUGCUAUAGCGCCCGUGGUGUUUGACAUCAGCAUGGGUUCGGACUCGGACUUGGACUCACCCCCGGAGGACUCUGAAACAGAGGAGGAGCCAGGGGGAGGGGCCAAAGAGGGGGAUGGGGCUCCGCCCCCCCCGCCCCCCCCCCCCCACCCAGGCCCCACUCCCGCCCCCCUCCCUGCCCGCCUGGAUACGAGCACUGAAGAGAAAGUCUGGGAAAAAAAAUAACCGCUAAAAGAGCGAAUGAUCAAAGACUCUCUUCAACAAACGGUGACAAACCAUCAACUUUCCUCUGGAGCUAAAUUGUGAAUGAGGAAAUAAAAUGUGGCCUAUAAGGCCGAUAAGCUUACUUCUAGGCCUACUCAGAUAUGGCCGCCGUCGACCUGUCAGCCUCACUUCAGUUUGAGAAGAGAUUGCAGUCGGUCCACCAUGAUAGGGAUUGUCCACAAAGUGUUUAACCAACUAUGCUUUAUGUCGAUGAUGAGAGAAACAGACUCCAUUGGGCUAAUUUAAUUAGCUUUCUCCCUCUCCUUGUUUGAAUCCGCCCCAUCCAUCCCUCUCUCUUGAGAACACACACACACACACACAAGCUAUUGUUUUCAUCGAUGCUUCCAGUGCAAAUCAUGUAAUGGACAACUGGAAAAUAAUAACUUUCCAUCGUCUCAGAUUCCCCCUCAGUUCUCUAAUGGCCGCUGUCAGCCCCCAGUGUAUGAUUUAAAUAAGCGGAACAGGGUGGCACUUACUUCUACUUCACUUCCUCAAAGAGAGGGGUGUAUUAGGACUUCCUAUCUACAACGGCAUAAAUGUGCAACAUGGUAUCCGUUUUUUCAUAAUUUAGGACCAUUUAUCAAUAUAUUCUCCUCAUAUUUGAUUAUUGUUCAAAUUGUGUUGCUGGUUAGGGAAAAGUGCGGCAGCACAGGAAGAAAACCAAAUAUUCCAUUUACUAUUCGGCCUCUCAGUCUGGCUGAGCGGAAAUGAACAGCGUCGCCGUCUAUAGCGCUAGCGUCGGAUUCCACCGCUACUCCUCCUCUUCCUGUUGCUGGCUUUCCCAUAUUGUGCUCCCCCUCAAACUCGGAAACUAGGCAGUAUGGCGAGUUUUGAAGAGGACUUUGACGGCGCUGUAAAAAUAGCAUGUUUGGCUCUUUCAGUCGAAAAUUUUAAAGAACUUCAAAAGAUUUGCAUACAGCAUUUGCUGAGGAAGAAAGAUGUUCUUGCACUAUUACUGAUGGACACUGCUGCUGCUCCCCGGGGUUAGCCCCGCCCUAGACGAUUGUGAUUGGUUUAAAGAAAUAACAACAGGCCAGCCCAGUUUCCCCCCGGAUAGACGGCUCUAAAUAGCGUGGUUCCGGACCAUUCUACUUGCUGUAGUUUGGUCUGGCUUUGCGAGACUAUUUGGCCUCUGACCUGGAAGUCUGCAUACAUGUCUCGGUUAGGUGUGCUAAUAGGAAGGAGGAAGCAAAUUAUUCAGUAUUGAGUUCAAUAAGAACCAUGGGCAAGAAUAUGAACAAAUAUAUAAUUAAAUGUAAAUGAUUUUAUAUAAAUGAUUUUAUAAUGA